AUGGUGACUGCAGCUGAUUCCGAUCAGUCCGACAGCCAAUCAGAGCAGCUAAAAGAUUCUCCGUGCCCCGCGCUUACCAACGGCGAGCCAUCCUCCGCUGCAGUGGAAUCCGUGUCUAUCAGUGACUCCGAGGCACACUGUAGCGCGGACGUUGCAGCCGUGGGAAUCGGGACCGCAGCGGCGGCGGAAAAGGUCGCCGCAGCGGAUGAGGGGGCGGAAAGUGUUGCGCAGAGUGCGGGGAGUCAGGAGGCUGAGGGGGGCGUGGAGAGCGCAGAAGCGGGGGACGCGGUGAGCGGAGUGACAGGCGGAGCCGGGCCGGGGGCAAUGGUGGAGCCAGAAAAUGAGGCGCAAGCCGCGGACCGAGAACGGCUUCCAGAGAUUCUGAUGGAAGGCUCAGAUCUUCUCGUGGACCCCGAGAAGGCCCUAACGGAUGGCUUUUUGGCGGUUCACGAUGCGGCACUUGAGGAGACCUCGUUCAAUUGCAACAUAAGUGGCACCACGGCGGUGGUAGCUCACCUCUACAAGCAGCGGCUGGCUGUGGCGUGGGUCGGGGACUCAAGAGCUGUGCUGGCACGGAGACGAGAGGGCGGAGAGCGGGAUGACCUGAUGGCGGUGCGGCUGUCAGCGGACCACAAGCCCAACAACGAUGAGGAGAGGGCGCGGAUAGAGGCCAGUGAAGGCAGUGUGCAGCAGGAUGUGGAUGAGAAUGGGGACGAUGUGGGCCCGUUUCGAGUGUGGAUGAAGACGGGUCCCAUGCUGGGCCUGGCCAUGAGUCGCAGCCUGGGGGAUAAGCUCGCGCACACUGUUGGGGUCUCCGCCACUCCUGAGGUGGUCGUGCGUCGUCUCGACCAAUCAGACGCCUUUCUGGUGCUUGGUUCAGAUGGGCUGUGGGAGUAUGUGGGGGAUGACGAGGCGAUCGGGGUGGUGGUGGCGGCGGGGAGCAUAGAGGCGGGAGUGAAGGCGCUGCUGGCCUUGGCUAAGGAGAGAUGGCUGACGAAAGAUGGGGCGGGGUAUGUUGAUGAUAUCACUGCUCUAGUCGUGGGGUUCACACACAGGAAGGUGUAG